AUGGCAGACUCCAUGAACCUGAUAUCUGCCCAGAUAUCUUUCCUGGAACCACAUAUCGCCCUUAUUCAUAUACCAAUUGAACUGUACGGCUUCUGUCUACAGCCAAUCUUGAGGCUCCUUUUCGGCGAUGACCAUGACGAAGACGCGUCUAGCAUCCCAUGGACGAACCGACACGAUUUCCUGAACAUCUCCAUCACACCCGUGGAAUGUUCCAUCAUCUGUUCCAGACACCUGGCAGACCGGUUCAUCCUGCCGGUAGCAAAUGUACUCAAUCGACUGGUCAACGGCGGCAGCAUCAGCAUCAGCACCAGCAACCCCAAGACCGAAAUUGAAAUCAGUACCGAAGACUAUAUCGUCAUACAAGUCGACGGGCAAGGCCUCGAUGCGGGCCAAAGAGUCCUCGAACUAACUUCUCCGCUGGCCAUGGCUGGAAUAAGCAUCUUCUUCAUCACGACGUACUUUUCAGACUAUAUACUCGUCCCCUAUAAGUCGCGUCGGACGGUCACAAAAGCGCUGCAGAAACGGGGCUUCGUAUUCUCUCACAGCGCCGAUGCAUUCGUGUCGCAACUUUCACCAUCAUCACCAGCCGUCGGUCAAGGCGGACGGUUGAACUCCAACUCACCUCUCUAUUUUAGUGAAAGUACGUCCGCACCGUCGACGCCUCCAGCAAAAGAUUUACCGGAGCUUCAGGUGCGGACUUUCACGAAACUCAAGCGCAGUAACAUUAUUCCGCUCGUCGAUAGCGAGGUCCGGCUGGCCAGUUGUGCUGGAAGUCGAGAGAUCGAUGUCCUGCGGGACGAACGGCUCAAGUGUGAUCUUUUGCAGGUCUUGAUUUCUACUUCUGCUGUGUCUGAUGUGGCGAGUCGGGAAGCGGAGAAGCCGUCAGUCACCAGUGGUGGACUUGGCGUCAACGAGAACCACAGUGCCGAUGCCGAUGCCAAUGCUGGUGCUGGUGGUGAUGGAAUGAAUCUCGGAGCGAACUUCUUGUCAUUGACGAUUACGGCCGGAGAACCGAUCUCGGUGCUCGUAGAACAUCGUUUGCUCGAACGACUGGGACAAUCGCUUCUGGGCGCGAAAGCCGAGGAAGAUGCAUUGAUUCCCAUCACGCUGGAUCUCCGGGAUCUGCCGCUGGAUGCUACGGGCAUUGUGUGCGGAGUGGCGGGUCGACUUGCGCAGGGCGACGUCGAGGAUGAUGAGGGGUUAAGUUCAGAGAAGGCUGAACCUAUUGAGAUAUCGUUCUUGAGCACGGCCAGAGCUGGGACCGUUAUUGUCAGGGCGAGUCAAUUGCAAAAAGCACUUGAUGCGUUGGAGUAUGGGAUGAAAAGGGCGGCUGAUGUCGCCGUCGCUGGAUGA